GCCCUCUGCGGGGCAGUGCUGUGAACUUGAACGCAGUUAGCUGUAGUCAUUACGAGUCCAGGCAGGGUCCGCUCACUCCGUUGUCAACCAGGGCAGCAGACGGUCAAAGAGAAGUUGUGAGCGGUUCAGUUUCAGAGGACUACUGCUUGGGACCAGGAGGAGACAAACGCAGGGCGACCGACGUGAUGUCCAGGCGAAAACUUGGAAGCCGACCAAAACACCUGAGUGCAAUUCAAGAUGCUAAUGACACCGCAGACACUGCUGUCCCGUGUGAGAAUCAGCAAAUUGCACCCCAGCCCAUGGCUCCCCCUGAGGGCCGGGACCUCCUUACCUGUGGACAGUGCUGUCAAGCCUUUCCCCUGGCUCAUAUCCUGGCCUUCAUUCAGCACAAACAGGGGGGCUGCCAGUCCAAAAACCAAACUGUCCCCACAAACAACACUCCCCCCUCUCCUGCAAACCGGGCACACCAGCACAGCACCAGGAGUAACCCAGGGCCUGGCUUCAUAGAGUUGAGGAGAGGGAUCGUCGUGGGUCAGGCUUUGGGGGAGGAGCCAGGAGUGAGAGUGAAGGCAGAGCCAGGCAAAACAGCCCAUGAAGAGCCGAGCUUAUUCACCUGUCAACAGUGUGGGGAGGUCUUCUCCUCAGCGUGGACUCUCCUGCAGCAUGCCCAGCACACACACUCCUUCAGCAUCUACCAAGAAGACGAGGAUGAAGAGGCGGACUCAAGAGGAGCUAGUCAAGUCCAUCGUCCGGCCACUCUGGACCCACGCCACCUCAGCCAGGCCCUUGCCACAGCCUUUCAGCCUUCUGCUCUUCGCCUGUCCCGCUCCCGUCAGACACACCCCUCAUCUAUAACAUCGGCGUCAUCCAGCAGCACUCUCCAUGAUAUGAACUUCUCCAUGCGUCUCAGAGAACUGGCAGAGGGCACAGCUGACUCUGCUGGUGGCUCCACUGGAGGUUUGGUGCAGUCUCCAUCCUUAUCUCCACCUGCUGCAUCUCCUUUUCCCCAGAACGACUUCCAGUGUGAGCUGUGCAAUCAGAACUUCCCGUCCCCCCGAGCCCUGUCAGCACACAGGCGGACCCACACAUGUGACAGACCCUAUCACUGCGGAGUGUGCGGAGAGGCCUUCGCACAGAGUGGACAGCUUGCUCGACACAUCAGGAGUCAUCAUAGGGAUGCUACGAGCACCAACAGCUAUGAGAGUGUAGAUGUGGCUGUAAUGGAGGAGGAGAUGACCCAGCAUGCAGCCAUCAGAAGCAGGUUUCAAUUACAGCCAGUAGAGAAAGAUAUGAGAGGCUCAGAGUUGGACCUGUCCCUGCCCAAACACUGUUCUCUGGCCUCAGGCAUGAUGCUGCUGAGCCCACAGGCCGCUCCACACCGCGAGCUGUUGAGGCUGUACCAGAGACCGGCCAAUGUUGGGGAUGAUGAGGAUACCCCGGAGGGACAAACUGAAGCCCCACACACACCUUGUGCCAGCCCCUCAGAGGGCUCUCUAGAGAGUGGAGAAACGGGGGGCAGUGGAGAAAGUGGCAUCGCUAGUGGUAACUGCACACCCAAGCGCCCCGAGACAAGAGGGCCAGAGUGGGACAGUGAGAGAUCAGAGGUCAUGGGGGAGGAGUGGAGUAAAGUGAGUAAGGUAGUACAGGAGUGGCAGAUGGAGAAUGAGAGGCGCUCUAUAGGCGUCACCACAACCAGCUCUGGUCCAGGAUCCAAGAAGAAGAAAGAUGAAGCCUGUGAGUUCUGUGGUAAACAAUUCCGCAACAGUAGCAACUUGACUGUGCAUCGUCGCAGCCACACAGGUGAAAGACCGUACCGCUGUGGUUUGUGUAACUACGCCUGCGCCCAGAGUUCCAAACUCACUCGCCACAUGAAGACGCAUGGGGCACAGGGCUCUAAAGCACCUUUCCUUUGCCAGUUGUGUGCCGUGCCCUUCACUGUGUAUGCCACCUUAGAAAAGCACCUCAAGAAGGUUCACGGCUUGAGCCAUGCCAGCGUGGGGGCCUAUACACAGAGCAGUGCCACAGACUCCAUGUCCACUGCAAAGGCAGAAGAAGGGAACAUAGUCCUGAAGACAGAGGAGGAUGAGACCAGUCUGGAACACAUGGAGACUGACCACAACAUGCUCAGUGGGGCUGUGGACAACAGCCUUCAGGUGGGGAUACCUGUGGAAAGCAUGGCAGAAAUUGCCUUGGCUUUAACCACUGCACCGUAAAUAGAUCUUAAAUUACCUUAACAUGGCACUCUACAAAUACUUCCUACUGUUAUAACUGACAAAAGUACAAUAACGUCUCAGAAAAAGAGAAGCUGCACCAGCUGUAGACAGUUUUCUUGCACUGUCCCUACACUCCACGCCCACCUGCACUCCUCACUGUUGUAUGCAAAGGGCUAGUUGAAACUAAGUGCCUACAUUAGUUUAGACCACAGACAAAAACAAGGUAGUGACAUUCAACAGGGAGAUUACCAGAACUCUAGAACAGGAAGUGCCCUGCCACAGUCCACACCAACACAGGAAACUGAUCCCCACGUUGCAGUGCCGGAAGCAAACUACAAGUGAUUUAUCUCUCUAGUGACCCUAUGUACAGGUGCAGGCCGAUGAAAUAUUUAUAACAAAUAUAUGAGCACAUCAUAUUGUUUUAAUUACAAAAUUAUCGUUUUGGCAUAAUUUCACAGAAUUGGGUCAUUGUGCAACAAUAUCUCUAUGCAAAUAUGCAAAUGAUUAAAGGCGUUUGAGGAGACACUGGGUGAUACUGAACCUUACCACAACUGCCUGCAGUUCCUCACUUCUGUUUUAAAGCCUGGUUUGUCUCAAUACUUGUCACUUCACAUAAUAUUUACUGGACUGUGGCACCUGGCAUGCUUGUGCUCCUGACAGAGUGCCAGUAAUAUCUAUGGACAAUUUGAGUUUCCUUUUUCUCUGCUUAUAAUUUCAUAAAUGUAAAUAUGAAAACUUUCAAGUCCUGUCUACUGCUGUUUGCUGUGGUUAGUGUCUAUGCAUAAAGAAACUGCAAUAUUCUGCAGUGUAUGUAAAACGGGUGUCUUUGUGCUUUACGCGAGUGACUUUUCUUUCCAUUGUUUACAUUUGUGAAGUGCUGAACUGUUUAAAGCUUAUGCAUGUUUGCAUCUAUUUAAAGUACUCUUCUUUUUGCUUGUUUAAAACUUCCUAAUUUAUGGAUGCUGCAUGUUUCUUUUUUUUUUUUAAAAAAGUCUAAAUACUGAUCUACAGGGUAAUAUGGUGCACUCAUAGUUAAUUGAUGGUGGCAUUGCUAGAGCUCCCAAGCUAGCACUUGAAUGAGUUGUGUUUUUGUGUAUGUACAUAAGUGACACUGUCCUCACUACUGUAUUUGUCUCUCGUCUUGUGUUGGGGGCAUGACCAGAGUUGUGCUUUCUAAAGGUCAUUGUUAAGUUACAAGUUAUUGGUGUGUUGUUUCUAAAAGAACUGUAGCAAAGCACAAACUGCUUUGUGACGACUGUGAUUAAAUUGCAUUGCAAGAGUUUGGAACGACACAGGGAAAAUGCAGAUGUCAAAGUGAAAUGUGAAAGCUACAGAAAUGUUCAGGGAUAACAUUGUGUAUAUAAAAUUCCUAUUAUUGCUUUCAUGAUUUUUUUUUUUUUAUUUUUUUUUUAUUACUGCCAAUAUUGUUCAUUGCAUUGUUGCAAACAUCUCCAAAUACAACACUGGCAUUGUGAUACUGUCUGCUUUGUAUUUUUACACCAUUUUCUAUUUGACCUUGUAACAAGGAGCCUCAAUAAAGACUUUGAGGAGAACUCUUAA